UUGGACAGUAAAAUGGAAUUUAUUUUUGAAUCACAAAAUCUAAACUCUUCUGUGAGAACGCUGAGUACUAAGCAUGUCUAAAAACCUAUUUCUGAUUGGAAUUUAAAGUUUUUUUUCUGUUGUUUGUGUUCUUCUGCUUUCCGCUGACCGAGAUGCAGACGAGAUAAAAUCUGAGAAAGUCGUUCUGCUUUCUGUUUGGGACGGGCUUAAUCUCUGAGCUCAUCUGUGGUCGACUCUUUUCCUUCUCGUCGCUCAGAGUCAGUGUGCAGUGGAACAUGAGGAGGUGGUAGGGGAUUUUACGGAGGCGUCGUCCUUACGAUGGACAGGAUAUAAAUGGACUCACAUCAGCAUCACAUCAGCAUCACAGCAGACUGAACAAGAAGAAGAAGAUCAUCCUCCAGACCUCCAGCAUCAUGAAGACUUUGUGUUUGACUCUGCUGCUGCUCUCAGUCUGGUGCUGCUGCGAUGCCAUGCUUGAUGGGGUGAGGCUCAAUACAGCUCCUGGAAACUGCUGCUUCAACUUCUAUACUCGACCUUUACGUGCAAACGUGUCCAACGUCAUCAAGACCCACAGCUCCUGCCUCAGACCGGCCUUCAUAGUCCAGACGGUUAGAGGGAAACAGAUCUGCUACAGUCAGACGUUCCAGUGGGCUCUGGACCAAUACCAGAAGAUCAACACCCCUGAAGGCAGCGGCGGACGCUGAACACCUGCUGUUUAAUCCUGUCAUACAUGAACGUCUGGUUUUACAGACUGAAAGACUUGUUUUACAUAUUUAAUAAAACAGAAUUGAUCUUAA